AUGCUCACUUACGGCUGGUUCGCUCUCAAGCCUGAACUGUUUGGCUCCACCUACCGCGUCGAGUCAAAUAUGAACAACCACAUCCAUGUCGUAGUCUCUACUCAAGCAUUUGCACGCGCUGUUUGCCAGACCUCAAGUUCUCCCACUGAGAUCGUUAUUCGGUUGGCAAGGUUGGGGAGUACACCGUACAUGAGUUUUCUGGCCAAAACAGCCGUGUGUUAA